CCGCCGCUUCGGGAACUCCCUCCGCCGCCGCCGAUUCCCCGGGCACUGUUCCAUCGGUUCGGGGUGGCUGGCGGUGCCGGCGCGGCCCGCCCCAGGACGGAGUCGUGCCGCCGCGCGACGGUUGUGAUUGGCGGCCCGCGGGGCUGAACUCCUCGCGCCUCGGACGACCCCGUUCCCCGUCUCCGUUCCUCGUUCCAGGUGCGAGCUCAGUCUGGGUCCUUCGUGAAUUUUGCGUCGGUGAUCGGAGGAAGCAUCGGUCCGGGAGCUUGUUUCUGAUUCACAUCAGUAGUCUCGAGUCUCCACAAUCGCAAGAAAUUUGUGUAAAGGGAUCUGGUCAGAUUUGGUCAUGGAGGGUAAUCAGAUGGAUAUUGACUGGGAAGAUGUGGUUUGUCCUAUAUGUUUGGAUUGUCCUCACAAUGGUGUUCUUCUCCGGUGCUCGUCUUUUGAUAAAGGCUGUCGUCCCUUUGUAUGCGACACAGAUCACUUGCACUCCAACUGUUUGGACCGGUUUAGAAGUGCAUAUGGUGUGAGAUCUUCUUCAUCUCCCGAAACUUCUUCCACAUCAAAAACAGAGCCUGUAGAAUUGGAUAACGGCUGUAGGCCGACCUGCCCAUUGUGUAGAGGAGAAGUUACUGGAUGGGGUGUUAUUGAUGAAGCACGUGUUAUUCUAAACGAUAAGAAGCGUUGUUGUGAUGAGAUCCGAUGUCUGUUUAGUGGAACCUACUCUGAGUUGCAGAAGCAUGCACAAGUAGAGCACCCUCAUGCUCGGCCCUCAAAGAUCGAUCCUGCUCGGCAGCUUGAUUGGGAGAAUUUCCAGCAAUCAUCAGAGAUCAUAGAUGUCUUGAGCACUAUCCAUUCAGAAGUUCCCCGAGGUGUAGUUUUGGGCGAUUACGUUAUUGAUUAUGGUGACAAUGAUACUGGCGAUGAGUUUGAGGACUUCCCAGGUGAUGAAGGCAAUUGGUGGACAUCAUGUAUAUUAUAUCAGGUAUUUGAUAACUUUAGGAGUUCUAGGAACAGAAGAAGGUCAAGAGUUGGUGAUACAAGAAGAGGAACUCGACAUUCUACAUAUGAUACAUCAAAUUCUGAUGAGGGUUCUGUUACCUCUGUGGAGUAUGCAGAUUACCGACUAGAUGAUAUGGAUGAUGACUUUGCCAGUGCAAGGGGUUCCUCAAGGACAAGCUCUAGGCAUCGCAGCUCCCGGAGGCGGCGUUCUCGCUUUUAUGAUAACUAGCUCAUGGGGCCUGAGGGUAGUGGACGUGGAGGUACAGACGAACGCCGAUGACAAAAUUGUGGGAGUCUCCAACAAAUCACAUCGAUUGGCUUUUCCUAGUCGAAAGAUGUUCUGACUUGAUCAUUCUGUGGUUUACUGAUGACUGAUUUCGAUAUAUAAAAAUUCUCGGGAUGUCCCCUUCUCACAUUGUCGGUUGCUUUAUUUUGCUGUAUGUAUGGAACUUUGAAGAAGUGGAUCACUUCAUAGACCAGGUACACUUAUAACAUCAAAGCUAUACCUGCAGUGUCAUGCUUGGAAUGGCCAUUAUUUGAAGUAGAAAGCCGCUGAACUGCGGAGCUUUCCCCUUGUGCGGGGAUUUUAGGAUAUGCUCCCAUUCAAUGUACAUGGAGAUUGUUAUAUGAACUUUUAAUUUCUCUUUAGAAAAUGGUGCACAUGUGGGUUGGUAUGAA